AUGGCUACCACUGUUAAUCCUACUUCUGACACUACCGUCUCUCAUCAUACUCACGAACAUCCUCACGGAGAACAAGGCCACGAAAUCCAUCAUGAACAUCACGGUGCAAUCGACUAUGCCGAGGCAAAUCGAGAGUACUUCAAUAAGACAGCAAGUGCUUAUGACGAGAAACCGCACCUCCAAGAGGUCGUUGCUUCCAUUGGUCGUGGUCUCUUGAAGGAAUAUAAUUUCGAUGCGGACAAGACGCACGUCAUGGAUUUUGCAUGCGGUACUGGGCUUGUAAGUCGGGAACUUGCCCUGCAUGCAAAGAAGAUCGUUGGUGUCGACAUUAGCCAAGGCAUGGUCGACAUAUACAACACUCGUGUCAAGAACCAGGGAAUUCCUGAAGAAGAAAUGCAUGCGAUUUGUGCCGAUAUCAAAGGCGAGGAGGGCGAACUUGACGGCCAGAAAUUUGACGUCGUAGUUUGCUCAAUGGCGUAUCACCAUUUUGCUUCUAUCACAGAUGUGACGCGUAAACUGGUCUUCUUCCUCAAGCCAGGCGGUGUCCUGCUCGUGAUAGAUAUCAUUAAAGGUGCAAGCCAGACUUUGAUGGGACAACACAUGAACGACGCAGAACGUAAGCAUCUCGUCCCUCAUGCGGGUGGAUUUGACGAGGCUGCACUGCGUCCCGUAUUUGAAGAAGCUGGUCUUGUGGAUUUCUCUUUCCGUCCGCGCGUUCGUGUCGUUAAGGGUGAUAAGGCGGUGAACGCAUUCAUUGCGAAGGGGGUUAGACCUGUUGUUAGCUAAUCGAGAACUCUUCACGCCCCAUUGAUGUACAAUGAUGAAAGUAAGGUUAUAUGUGCUAAAGAGGCCAGACGUGAA